AUCGAAAAAGUAUUGACUGUGUAAGACAACAUUAAAGCAAAUACAGAUUCUCAUAGAAAUUUUCAUUUGUCAAUUAAUUUGCUGCAAUUGUUAUUGAAUCAAUGUCAGAAUCAAUGACUGACAUAAUACCGGCGGAGCCCCGCGAAGAAAUGUGUGCACUGCAAACGGUUAUAUCGAAAUUGGAAGACCAUUUAAAAAGUACCAAUGUGAAACUUUUCAAUUUUCGGAAGCUCAUCAGAACCGAAUCGAACAUUAAAUCACGCAAUAUUUACUUGAGUAAAGUAUAUUCCAUGGUUAAAGAGCAACACACAAUACAAAGAAUACUGGAAAGUUACCAAACAAAGCUAAAAGAUUUGGAAGCCCGAAAUAAACAGAAAUCGGAUGGAACGAAUAAUCACCAGCAUACUAAAAAUGCUAAGCUCUUCGAACUAUUUCAUAAUUAUGAGCCAUUAGAAACAAGAUUUGAGAAUAAGUCUGCUAAGACCGAUGAGCCUUCGGCUCAUGCGAAAAAGCGCAAGUCUGAGGACGAAGAGAAAAUUGAAGAUCUUGAAGAUGCCAGACCCAAGCCAAUUGUCAUCAAUAACCAUGGCGAGACUAUGAAAUUCCUAAAAGCUCAUGUUAAGAAGCGCAUUAUAGAAGCAAAACAAAAACCAAAAUUAGAGUUUACAAUUCCUGUAAUUAAUAUAGUGGAGGAUUCAGCGCCUGAAGCAGUGGAGGAUACAGUUGAUAAAGCUCAAAUGGCAGAGGAAACGAAGGAUAUAGAUGCUGAAGCUCAGAUGGAGGAGGAAACAAAGCAUGUAAUUGUUGAAGCUCAGAUGGAGGAGGAAAUGAAACAAGUUAAUGAUGAAGUUCAGAUGGAGGAGGAACCGAAACAUGUUAGUGCUGAAGUUGAAAUGGCGAAGGAAACAAAGGAUAUAGAUGCUGAAGCUCAAACGGUGGAGGAACCAAAGCAUAUAGAUGCUGAAGCUCAAAUGGUAGAGGAACCAACGCAUUCUAAUAUAACAACAGAUCGAUUAGGAGCGGAACAUCAACAAGCAACAAAUAAAGAAGAUGACAUUACAAACCCCAUCUCCAUCGACAAUCUUGCCGAGGCCAUGCAAUGUUUGAAGGCCCUGCAAGAAUAUGCCAUGUUGAAUGAGAAUUUUCGUGCUAUUGGACUUUUAACGGAAACCGAAAAGGCAUUCAAAAGUCCGCCUAAGGUUUCUGAUUUUGAGCUUUAGCAAUCGUGAUACGUACAUAUAUAUGCAUGUAAAUAUAAGUGUAAUUAAGUCCAAGCAAUAAAACGGGUCACAAUUAGUUCGUGGUGUGUUCACAAAUAUAAAAAUGAACUAAAA